AUGGAUGCGUCGUCAUGCCAUGCAACGUAUAAUAUUAAUCGUCGAAAAUCGCGCUUGUCAAAUCAAAUAUCGAAAUCGUUAUGUUUCUGCGGCGGCGGCGGCGGCAGCAGCAGCAGCCCACCCGAACUUCACGCGCUGUCAAUCAAUGACGAGCCAGGCGUGGAAGCCAUUCUUCGGCACUUUAGCACAGGCAUGGCAUUCUGGAAGCGCCUCAGGACAUGUCGACCUUGCUUGGAAGCCCACUCAGACCGCGUACUCGACAUGAUUGGGAAUGUGGUUGGGUUUCUGAGCAAUAAUGUCACGGAUGCAGCUGUUACCUCGGCCGAGGGGGCUGAAAGGCAUAGUCGGAGCAGCAACGGGAUCGGCAGCAGCAGCAGCAGCAGCAGCAUUGGGAGCGCGCCGCAAACCUUCAUACAACCUCGUGUGCCCGUUGUGGCUCCUUCCAGUCCCUCUCUGGCUGCAGCUCUUGAGAAUCUUCCUCCCAUGGCUCUCGGACGGUUUACACUUGACAGUCAACAAGGAGUCACUUUGAUACGCUUUAUCUUUCGUCGAAUUUUACGGCAGAUAGCUUCGGUGUUGGAUGAGAUGCAGCAGAUGGAAGUUAGUCAGCGUUUUCCAUCGGAACGAGAGCUGGCGACCUACCUGAUAUCAGUUCUGCAACUACUUGAGGCUAUGGAAAGAUAG